AUGCAAAAGAAAGAAAUACAGAAGCAGAAUCACAUGAAACAGAGUGGUGCAGAUAUUUUGAGAAAUCGACUACUUCAAACGGCAACAAAUAGGGAAAUAAGUGAAGAUACGGGAUCUAAGCUAAGUGAUUUGAGAGGAGUUGAAUAUUUGAUGGGAGAUAUCAAAUCCAAAAUGUUCAAUAUUUUGUUCAAAGCAGAUAAAUUCAAGGAGAUGAAUGCUUCUAGGCCAAAUAUUACGCUAAUUUAUGGGAUUAGUGGAGUUGGAAAGAAGUAUAUUGUCCAUUGCUUUGCACGUGAGUACAAAGUGAAAGUAUUUAACAAAUAUUUUGAGACAGCUCAGGAUGUAAAGGAUUUGUUUAGAAGGGCAGAGGCUCUAGAGAAUGCGAUUGUGCUAAUUGACAAAUUGGAUGAUUAUGAGGAAGAGAAAGGAAUAAUUCACCAAAUAAAUGUCAGUGCAACCAAAACAACAGCACUGGUUAUAAUUACGCACAAGGACAAAAACAUUAAGAUGCAUUUUGAUAACGACAUUUUUGUAAAGAUACCAAGAAUACACGAUAGGAAAGCUAUUUUAGAUGGAAUGAUUGAGAAGAUGCAGACUGAAAGCAUAGACACGAAUGGAUUAGCGUAUUAUACGCCUGGAUUUGUUCCAAGAGAUUUGAACAAAUUGGUUAAAAUAGCAUCAACACAUGCAGUAGAAAAUGGGCUGAAUUUUGUUAAAAUGGAACAUUUUGAACAAGCAUUACAUAAGUGGAAGAAUAUCGACCACUAUGUAACAUUUGAAGAGAUUGGAGCAAUGGAAGAAGUUAAGGAAGAAUUGAAAUUGUCCAUUUUGCUACCAUCACAAUUUCCAGAGAAAUUUCAAAAGUUGGGAAUUCAUAAACCAAGUGGUAUAUUGCUUCAUGGGCCACCUGGUUGUGGGAAGACACUGAUUGCAAAAGCAGUGAGCAAUAUGAGUCAUUGCAAUUUUUUGUCAAUCAAAGGUCCAGAAUUGAUUACAAAAUACGUUGGUGAUUCUGAAAAACACUUAAGAGACUUGUUUGAAAAGGCAAAGAAUCUGAGUCCAUGUGUUUUGUUCUUUGAUGAAAUUGAUAGUUUAUGCAGUAAGAGAGGGACAAAUGAGUUUGGAAAUAGGAUAGUGAAUCAGAUAUUAACAUUAUUGGAUGGGAUGGAAGAUAGAGGUGAAGUGUAUUUGAUUGGAGCUACGAAUAGGAUUGAUCAGAUUGAUGAUGCUAUGUUAAGAACAGGACGAUUUGAUAAGGUGGUUGAAGUCAAAUUACCCACGAAAGAAGGAGCAGUUGAAAUAUUUAAAAAGUGCACUAAAAACAUUCUAAUUGAACAAUUUGAUGUGACUGAAUUAGAUUUGGAAAGAAUGUCUGGGGCUGAUAUUGCAGGAGUAGCAAAAGAAGCAGCAUUAUUAUGUAUCAAAGAUAAUUUUGAUAAAGAUCAGCCAAUAAUCUUGAGAAAGUAUUUUGAUGAAGCAAUACAUAAGAUAAAAAUGAUGAAGAAGUAA